CCCCCUCCGCGGGUCAGACAGGAACAAUAUGGCGCCAGGUGGAACGUUAGCUUUGGGACCAGUAGUUGUCUGAAAGACCGGCGAUCCGGCAGGAUGAACCUCUGCGCCCAGUACCUCCGACAGGCAGAGGCCCUGAAGGCUGACAUGACAGAUUCAAAGCUGGGGGCAGCAGAGGUGUGGACGUCUCGGCAGGCCCUGCAGGACCUGUACCAGAAGAUGCUGGUGACAGACCUUGAGUACGCACUGGACAAGAAGGUGGAACAGGACUUGUGGAACCAUGCUUUCAAGAACCAGAUCACGACCCUUCAGAGCCAGGCUAAGAACCGAGCCAACCCCAACCGCAGCGAGGUCCAGGCCAACUUAUCGCUGUUUCUUGAAGCAGCUAGUGGCUUCUACACACAGUUGCUGCAGGAGCUGUGCACCGUGUUCAACGUGGACCUGCCCUGUCGCGUCAAGUCGUCUCAGCUCGGCAUCAUCAGCAAUAAGCAGAGCAACACCAGUGCCAUCGUCACCCCUCAGCCGAGCUCCUGCUCCUACAUCUGCCAGCACUGUCUCGUCCAUCUUGGAGACAUCGCUCGUUAUCGUAACCAGACCAGCCAGGCGGAGUCUUACUACCGGCAUGCAGCUCAGCUGGUUCCAUCAAACGGUCAGCCCUACAACCAGCUGGCGAUCCUGGCCUCCUCUAAAGGAGACCACCUCACCACCAUCUUCUAUUACUGCCGCAGCAUUGCAGUCAAGUUCCCCUUCCCAGCAGCCUCUACCAAUCUGCAAAAGGCUCUGUCCAAGGCUCUGGAGAGUCGUGAUGAAGUGAAAACCAAGUGGAGCGUGUCUGAUUUCAUCAAGGCCUUCAUCAAAUUUCAUGGUCAUGUCUACCUGAGUAAGAGUCUGGACAAGCUGGACAGCCUGAGAGAGAAACUGGAGGAGCAGUUUCAGAGACUGAUUAUGCAGAAGGCCUUCAGCUCUCAGCAGCUGGUCCACAUCACUGUCAUUAACCUGUUUGAGCUGCACCACCUCAGAGACCUGACGGCUGACAGCAGCGAGCAGAGCUACAGCAGCGAGCAGCAGAUCAGCUGGUUCCAGCUGCUCGGCCUCUUCAUGUCCUUCCUGGGCGUGAUGUGCACCCGCAUUCUGCUCAACAAGAACCGGGGGGAAGAGAUCAUGGGUGAGUGCCCUCUGCCUGCCAUCAAGGUGUCUCUGGACUGGCUCAAACUGAGACCCAGCAUCUUCCACGAGGCUGCUGUCAUCAAAAGGCAGAAUGUUUGGCCCUGGCUUGUGUCCAUUCUCAACACUUUCCAGCCCAAAGAGGACGACCUGUCCUGCUCCUCAGUCACACCCCUGCCUGAAGAGUUUGAGCUGCAGGGUUUCUUGGCUCUCCGGCCCGCUCUGAGGUGUCUGGACUUCACCAAAGGACAUCAGGGCAUCCUGGUGGACCGGGACGGCCUGCCAGUGCAUGCCCGACACCAGAGACUCAUCACCCUGGGCAAAUGGGUGGCUGACAACCAGCCGGGACUGAUCCAGUGCAGAGUGAGCGAGGACGGCAUCCUCGUUUUCAUGACCAACAUUCCAGAGCAGGCCAUCGAGGAGCCACAGGAGAAGGAGGUGCCCGUGCUGCAGGAGUCCUCAAACGGUGAGCAGACAGCCAAUGAUGGCGGGAACUCUGGCCUGAAGUCGGUGCUUUCCGUGGGUAAGACUCAGAGCUCAUGGGCCGACAGCAGUGACCGUCCAGUUGUCACUUUCAAAGAGAACAUCAAACCUAGAGAGCAGAGCCGCGAGCCCACAAGAAACCACAAUCAGAAAGAUGGCAGCAAGGAGCGCCGAGACUUCUCCAAAGGCAACGGGGCUGCUGGGAAAGGAGAGCUGAAGAGGGAUGGCAAGAGGAAGAGCGAACUAAAGAAGAGCGGCCAUGAGAAAACGGCUGAUGCUGGAAAACAGGUGAAGGCACAGACGGAGCUGAGGAAGACUCCGGUGUCUGAGGCUAAGAAGACUCCUGUCACUCAGACUCAAACCACCUGCUCCUCCCAGUUCAUCCCCAUCCAUCAUCCCGGAGCCUUCCCACCUCUGCCCAGCAGACCCGGUUUCCCUCCCUCAGCCUAUGUGAUUCCACCCCCUGUGGCAUUCCCAGGACUCCAGGUGAAUCCGGGCUUCACCUUCUCCACUGGUGUGUCUGUCCCAGGGCCUUUCCUCCAGCCAGCUGUCCACACCCAGGCAGGCACUCAGGUCCAAGCCGGGAAGCAGUCCCACAUUCCCUAUAGUCAGCAGAGGCCCUCGGGCCCGGGGCCCGGUCAGGGGCCGGGAUCCUCGGGACACGGCCCCUCCCAGGCUCAGCAGGCCCAGGCUCAGCCGCCCUCCCAGCAGGCUUUGCAGCAGUCGGUCCAGCUGCAGGUUCAGGUGAUGAGUCAGCAGCAGUCACCCACCAAACCUGUCCAGCAGGUCGGCAUGGGAAAGAGUCCACCUCACCACCCAGGACUGCAGCAGUUCAUGCAGGUCCAGGAACAGUCGGCUCAGAUGUGGAACCAGGCCCAGGCGGCCCUGCAGAAGGUUUCUCCCAUGCAGAUGUCCAUGAAGCAGCCUCAGCAGCAGCCACAGCAGCAGGCCUUCUACAUGGCUGCUCAGGAUCCUCUGAAGCUGUACGAGCACCAGCUGCAUUCAUCGGCUCAGUCUCAGCUCUCCAGCAUGGACAAGAAGAUGAAGUACCCCGAUGUGAAGAUGCCGGACUUCUACUGGGAGUCCUCGUAUAGGAUGGGGGAAGGCCUGAGUGUGCUGGCUGACAGAUUGAAGAGGCCAUCACCGGGGGGUAUCUGCUCAGAGCAGGAUGGCCCCGCCGGGCCCCGGGGACCUUCGUUUGAGGACAACAAGAGCUCGCCUCUUCUACCUCCUGACCUGUUAAAAACUCUAGCAGAUUUUGAGGAGGAGGAGGAGCUCAUCUUUACUAAGCCUCCUGAUUUCUUCCAGGCCUUGGCUGGCCCUCUUAGCACUGCUCCUGGACCAAAUAUAUUUCUGCCAAACCAGAGCCGGGUGGAGAGUGGCCCCGAGGCCGUCAGCCAGUCGUCUUCUCUGCUGCCCAUACCCGGCUUCCCCAUGCAGGAGUACAACCAGAACAGCAUCUUCAGUCAAGCUUACGGUAAAAACCUGCCGCCCAGCUCGAAGCCCGACACUCCCAUGGUGCAUCAGGAGCCAUCUCUCUACUCACUGUUUGAGGGCACUCCGUGGUCUCCCUCCCUCCCCGCCAGCUCAGAUCACUCCACCCCGGCCAGCCAGUCUCCUCACUCGUCCAAUCCCAGCAGCCUGCCGUCUUCCCCCCCAACCCACAACCACGGAGCCAUGCCCUUCUCCAACUUUGGGCCCAUCGGGACUCCGGACAGCCGGGACCGCAGGGGAGUGGACCGCUGGAAGGCCGACAAGAGUGGAGCAGUUGGUGGGUUUGGUCUGGACUACCUGCCAACUGCAGUCUCCUCUGCAGCAUCAGACACCAGCUGGCACCAGGCUGGAUCGACGGGCAGCUCCUGGACCAAUCAGGAGUCUCCAAUGGAGGAGUCAUCCUCCACUGUGCUGCUUGACAGCCUCAAGUCUAUCUGGUCAAGCUCCAUGAUGCAACCGGGCCCGUCGGCCCUGGAGCAACUCCUCCUGCAGCAGAAGCAGAAGCAGCAGCGAGGUCACGGCGCCAUGAACCCGCCCCACUGAACGGCAGCGCGAGGCGGCGCUUUGUGUCCUGACGUCAACAAACCACCACCAGGAGAAACGGAGGGGAAAAAAACCACAGAAGUUUGACGAAAACAAGCUCCAACUCAAAUUAAACCGGCAAGAAACGGUGGAGGCUGGGGAGGCGACAUGACCCCCCGACGAGGCUGAAUCACCACCCCAUCCCCCUCGGCUGUCGAGGAGCGGUGACGCCCCUCCUGGAUCGGAGAGCGCGGGAUCUCUUUGACCGCGGUGCCAUGCACCGCGCCACCGCUGGGUUACAUUCAGCGGGUGGAAAUCUGAACAUUGAGGAACCACCCUCCUUCACAUCACUGCAACCCCCCCCCCCCCCCCCUCCUGUUUUGGACAGAUGCCACAUCUCCACGACCUCCUCAUCUGAAGAACAACUUCUUUCUUUGAAAAAAGAUUUAAAAAAAUACAAACGGAAAAAGAGAACAACCUCCCGGUCGUCUGCUCGGUCCUGAAGGAGAGCCGGUUUUUAGUGUCUCCGCUGCUGCCGUAGACUGAAACGGGGCCGUUCAUGAGUGAGCGAGGAUGGUGUGGCUGUCUGGUUUAAGGGGGAGGUCAGGUGACAAAACGGGGGGGGGGGGGGGGUAAGACUAGACUUUCUGAUCUCCAUUCAUUUUCAUUACUGAGGAGGAGGCAAGAAGGAAGGAAGGAAGGUUUGGUUUCAGCUAUAUAAAUAUAUACGUGAAUAUAUAUUGCCAUAGUUGGACUUGUGUCUUAGCCAUGAGACUGGAUGUUGUGAAGCCGGGUGUCACGCCUCCCGGACUGAGUGCUCGCUUGUCCUGGUGCUCGGCGACGGGGUGGCAUCACAGGAAAGAUGGAGGAAAGAACAUAAACGCCCUGUCAACCGUAGGGAUAGUAUCACCGUUAGCUUCAAGAGAUUGCAGUUAUUAACAAAAAAAAAAAAAGAAACUGUACUUUGUGAUUUGUUCGUAGCCGUUUUAGCUUUACGCCCUCGAGGUGAGUACAGGUAUGUCUAUUAGCUUCCUGCUUGGAUAUUUUCGGGGUUCUCUUCCUCUCUGACCUCUUCUUCCUGUUAUUUCUUUAUGUAAUGAAGAAAAAAUGGAAAUAUGUAACCCUGCUUGCUUGCUGAACCUGCAUUUACUGUUUGUUUUUGUUGCUGUUCUGCCUUCUCACUGGUUUUAAGCAGCUCUGUCGGCUCAUCUGCGCCUGCUUGCCGUCCUUUCGGCAGGCAGGUAGGUGUGUACAGGUGUUCGACUCACCCUGAACGUUUUCUAUUAUUCUUCUUUUUCUUUCAAAAAGCACGACUGCGGCCUGACGCUGUUCAGCACGUUGUUUUUUUUUUGUUCUUUUUUUAAUGAACGGGGUGUCUGGAGACCCUGCAGCUCUGCUUUUAUUGAACCUGAAAGUGAAAAACCAUGAGAACCAAAGUGAGGAGCUCAAAGCUGCUGAGUAAGAACAGAAAAAUAACAAAUCAGCUAAAAAAGAAAAAAAAUUUUUUUCCUUGAUUUUGAUUAAUCUGCAGGAUAUUUGCUUAGUUUGAGCAGUUCUCGAUUCCUUUAGGCCCAAAGUUUUCACAGUUUUGCUGUAAAUGACAAAUAUUAAGACAUAUGGGGAAAAAAUGAUGGUCAGCAGGUGAGGAUGAUUAUUACACCUAAUUUAAAUGAAUACAGAGUGAGCGUCUCCUUGGAAAAAUCACUAGUUAUAAUAAAUAAUCGACAGAAUAUUUCCUUUAUUUAAUCAGUGAAUGAUUUCUUAAGACUGAAAAUUACCUCUCAUUUUGCUUCCAACAAACCCUGUAAGGUGGAAAGUUGUUCAGCUCACCGUCGCAUGAGGAAAAACUCCUCAUUGCUGCUUUCGCUUCAUUAAAAAGGGGACAUGCAGAAGUUCACCUGCGGCCCAGUUUGAUCUCAGGGGGGCCAGACCAGUAAAACCACAGCGUCUGUUAAAAAAGAAAGUCUUUGCUUUAUGGUAAGGAAACAAAACUGUGACAGCCUGACUGCUCUGCAGAAGAAUAAGUGCAGUUUAAAACCUUCACAUGUAGAGUUUUGAACUAAACAUCAGUAUUCACAUGUUUAUUAAACAGCAGUGCAGUUUAUCAAAAGUGUGGAAUUAUUAACGCUGCAGGUUUCAUCCUCAGCUCAGACCCUUCGACGGACCGGGUCAUCCACCCCACAGUCCAAGGGAAACUUUCAGUCUGCAGACCCUUUACUUUAAUCAGCAAAGGAGCCCCAGAGAGGUUUCACACACAUUUAUCCAACAAAUCCUAAUCUAAGGACACAGAGGAGAAAACUUACUAACCCACCCCUGAACAUCCGUCAGGUCACCAGUGAUGAUCUGAGGUUUGUUUUAGCCUCACUUUUUAAAUGUGAAGUCUCAUACGUUAACUUUGACAUUAUGGUUCUCUGUGUUCAGCUGUUCCAAAAAUGCCAAAUUUUUGUAUAAAGGGGUCGAUGCUAAACAGAAACACCAACUGAAGUUUCUCUUCAUGAGCACAGAAACAUUUUCAGGACUUCAGUCACAACCUCGCUCGCUUGCUUUUCUCCAGGCUCUUUGUUUUCUUUCUCCGUGUGAAGUGCAGCUCAACCACUGAGCUCAAGCUGCCCUCAAAUGGGGACAAUAAGCUCCUCCUCCCUUUCUAAAUGGCUUUCAUGGCACAGCGUGAAGCAGGUAUUCUGACAAAGGUCGGUUGGUCUGUUUGCUUGAACUUUGUGAUCACACUGCGUGAACACUCAGGGUUCAAUGUGAAUGCAUUAGAAUGAUGUCACAUCAGGAGCUGGAAAAAGUUCAGUAAUGACAAAAAUACUAUCAAACUUUGUAGGUCUUCCCUUUAAAAAUAAAAUAUUUAUUCAGCUGUGAUAGUUCUCAGAUUGAGGGGCACAGACCAGGAAGUGAACUGUACUCACACUCUGCCCCCAAUGACCUGAGUGUUGGGUAAUUACUGCGGCUCUCCCUCGUUAAGAGUGCAGACAGAGGUCAGAGUGCGGUGGUCUUGUUUUUAAAUCUCUGCUGUCAUACUUAGCUGCUUUCUCACAAGCCAAACUCAAGUAGAUUUCUUAUUUCUAAAUGUCUGAGUUCCUGGGAAGGUUGGCAUGUUGGGUGCAGGCUGUGAAACUGAUGCUGAGGUCUGGGGGGGUUUAUUUUCUGUGGCGUCACGCUGUCAGUGCUGAUUAUUUUAGAGCAACAGCUGACCAGUCAGGACCCCCUAUCUCUAGGCACCGGGCUUUAGCAGGAUGUGACAGUUUGAGCCGACAGGAAGCUGUUUUCCGUCUUUAUAAAGCAAAGUUGUGAGGGAGGAAGGAAUGAAAGCCUGUUUUUAUUUUCCUGGUGGGGCAUCUUAUGAACAGACUUCAGAGAGAUGUGUCUAUUCUCUGUGUGAUCGUGCUUUUCAUGUUGCAUUUACAAAGUGUAUUUGAACAAUAAUAAAGAUAAAAUAUUUUUGAAUGUGAGGGCAAAUUUGUCCAGAAGCUUCAAGGACAGAAAUCCUGUUUGUUUUCAUGUCAGAAGCUCACCGUGUGGAUCUCAGAUGAUUCUUCUUCUCUGAGUAAGAACUUGAUGGACUCGUAUCGUCGGUGACAUUCCACUCAGAUGUUUGGGAGGCUUCAGGGUGGCGGGUCCUCAUUGGUGCUCUGAAAGCAGAUUUAUGGUCACGUCUGAGAGAUCUGAGCUUUACUUUGAGGCUUUUUGUGUUUCUGUCUCUAGAUUUGAGAACCGAUGGAAGCAGAUUUUAAAUAAACUGAAGCUAUGUUCUCCCUUCA